UAACGUCAACAUAGCAGUGAGAAAGUAAGAAUGCAACUGCAAUGGCAAAUGUGAAUUAAGAUAUUUAAAUCUCAAAUAACGCUAGUUUAUUGUGUAAUAUACAUAUACAGUAACAGUGUUGAAAUUUAAAAAAGAAAUAUAUUAAGAAACAAAGUACUUUUGCCUCAAAUAAGGUCGGCAUAGCCUCGUAAACAUAAAUAAUCAAACGCUUUUAUUCCCGGCUUAUUUAUUGAUUUUAAUAAAUCUGCGCAGGUGCCCUUGGCUAAUUUAAUUGCAGUCAAAAUUUUCAAAAAGGAAAACUGCAGUUUUGCCCUUCCGAGGACUAUUUAUACAAAGGAACAUAGUGAAAUUCAUUCAUUUUCAACUUUACUCAUCGCAAUAUUGUGCUUAUAUCCGCUAUUACGCUAACGUGCCAAAAGCUAUGAUUCUACAGAUGCCAACCGCUAGUUUCGGCGUAAAUAUGAAUUCAAUGAAAGAUGACUGUUCAAUCAAAAAUGUUUGGAACCACAAUCUCCAUCAGGAAUUUCAUGUUAUUCGAAAGAUUGUGCAAAAGUAUCACUGGGUGGCAAUGGACACAGAGUUCCCAGGAGUGGUAGCGAGGCCUAUUGGUGAAUUCAGAUCCACAGCAGAUUAUCAGUACCAACUACUCAGGUGUAAUGUAGAUCUGCUUCGGAUAAUUCAGCUGGGGCUAACAUUCAUGGAUGAGAAUGGAAAGACGCCUCCGGGCUGCACCACAUGGCAGUUCAACUUCAAGUUCAAUUUGCAGGAGGAUAUGUAUGCACAGGACUCCAUUGAUUUACUGCAGAACUCUGGGCUUCAGUUUAGAGAGCACGAGGAACAUGGCAUUGAACCAUUGGAGUUUGCAGAACUGCUCAUGUCUUCAGGCAUAGUAUUAAUGGACAACAUUAACUGGUUGAGCUUUCACUCAGGCUACGAUUUCGGAUACCUACUAAAACUGCUGACAGAUCAAAAUUUGCCUCAGGAAGAGAAUGAUUUCUUUGAAAGUCUACGGUUGUAUUUUCCAACUGUUUAUGAUGUCAAAUACUUAAUGAAAUUAUGCAAGAACCUGAAAGGGGGGCUCCAAGAGGUGGCAGAUCAGCUGGAGCUCCGGCGCGUGGGCCCGCAGCACCAGGCCGGCUCCGACUCGCACCUCACCGGCAUGGCCUUCUUCAAGAUCAAAGAGAUAUUCUUCGACGGCAAUAUCGAAAGCACUAGCGGACACCUGUACGGGCUGGGCGCGCCGGCGGGCUCCACUGACGACGCAGGCUCCUCGCCGUGAACCUGAACCCAUGGACGUUUGCAAUAUACUUAUCGUUAUCAUGU